AAGCUUACCAUUGUAUCUCAUCGUCGCAAAGUUGAACCCGACAAGGUUGGGUAAUAAGAAGUCGUCUCUUCCUGCAUCCCAGGUUCCAUCCCCAACAUGCAUUGUGUCCGAGUCAUACGAGCUGCUCCCGGGUGGAGCUAGCUGCGGUGAGGGCGACAUGGCUCGUGUGUAGGACGGGUCGUUGGUGGAGGUAGACCUCCGAGCGUCAAGAAGUACGGACCAUCAAAGGAGGAUAUAUGCAGCAGUCGUCUUCGAUAUGGAUCAAGGCUUCGGUCGUUACAAUUCGAGGACAAUGGGAUUGUGUUGCGACGGCUCGAUCGGGUCGCGGUGGAAGUGGUUUGUUUACUGGGGGUUUGAGUGGGGUGAAGGACAGGCUUGGGUAGAAGAUCAGUGUCUGCAAGUGUGAAUGAUAUGAGAUUUUGAGAUUCAAGAAUUAAUUCUCCUUGAGUUGUAAGUGUCAUAACCAGGUUUGGGCAUUUGGGCAUAUGGCCAGUUGGUUCGCAGUCGGUUGGUUUGAGGUGCCAAGCUCCCGUUGUGAACGGCAACCACUGAGCCUGUCACCAUCCUAUCGUUGGCCUAUCACAUCGUCUAUGACCACGAUGAUAAAACCCCAGGAAUGAGUCUCACACAUCAAACAAACCUUUUGGCUUAUCUUCGACGGUCAAUAUCCAUGCUAGACACUACCAAAAAGCGGUAAUGAGAGCGCCGGCGAGCCGCUUCUUACGGUCACAAUGACCAGCGACGCCCAAUGGGUGACGAUUGGCAAAGCCCUUUCAAGACUUCUGGGAUGGAUCUAGUAUGUUGAGGCCAGACGGUGGACACUUCUGUGAUGCUCACAUUCACCGCAGUACUUUGUCCUGGAGCGCUUCCUUCUACCCGCAACCCCGGAUGAACUGGAAGCGCAAGUCGACUUUGGGCCUUGCCAUCGACUUCCCAUUGCUAAACGUGGUUGGGUUCUUGUGUUACAGCAUCUCCUCUUGUGGAUUCCUAUAUUCGACUACAAUACGCAGUCAAUACGCCGCCAGACAUCCGGCAUCUCCAGAGCCGACAGUCCAAUUCAACGAUGUGGCCUUUGGAGUGCAUGCCGUGGUCCUGGUGGUGCUGACGUAUUCACAAUUCUUUCCCCAGCUCUGGGGCUUCAAAGUCUCUUCCAGACAACGGGCUGCGAAACCUGUGCUGGGAAUCGUGUGGGGAAGUGUGCUUGCUGUUCUGGCCGUCAUGGCUGUCGUGGUCCAUCGAUCGGGCUGGCGGCAGCAGGAUCCGCAAGAUUGGGCAUGGAUUGAUGUGCUCUAUACUCUGGGCUAUGUGAAGCUCAUCUGCACCUUUGUCAAAUAUAUCCCCCAGGUGGUCGUGAAUUUCAAUCGCCAAUCGACGAUAGGCUGGAGUAUCACGCAAAUCCUGUUCGACAUCACUGGCGGAGUGUUGUCCCUACUUCAACUGAUUAUCGACGCCAGUUUCCAGGGUGACUGGAGCGGCAUCACCGGCAACUCUUUGAAGCUGGGUCUUUCCAACAUCAGCAUCGCAUUUGACAUCAUUUUCAUCGUCCAACACUUCGUCCUUUACCGAGGCCUGGACGAUCGGACAAUUGAAGCAGAUGCGUCGGAACAGCCGUUACUUGGCUAGUCAUAUUGCCUACCUGUUGGCGUGAAUGGCGGACGUGAAAAGUCAUGCAGUACGUCAUCCUAUUUCCGCUGUUUUUGUAGAGCCUUCGGAGGGAGAGAGAAUCUCCUUGUUGGAGGGCAUGAUCCUGCCAGCAAGACCUGUCGGUGGCAGGUUGCAACUGUCAUUUCAGGCGCGACUGAGGCAUCGAGUUGGUCAGCACGGUUAGCCUGGGGCAUUACUCGAUGAUCGGAAAGGUCCGCUGUGAUUAGAGCAGGUGAGCAGGGUACUCCGCUCCUUUCCACGCGAACCCAGAGCUUCGAGAUACAUUAGUGCUUUGGGCCGCAGGUGGUCUGACAUGUAUCGAGAUGGGCGAAAUAUACUGGCGCGACUGGUAUCGCCUAAACAUGACCUGCUGUGGUAAACGGCCUGUCGUAGCGGAUCCCUGCUGAUGCUGCUGUGGCCCGAGGUCCUUUCUGGAAGUUCCCACGACGCUCGCCGUUGAAGUGAGGCUGAGACACCCUCUUCGACUUCAUCGUGCUCAAUCAAGAUGGCGUCCAUUUCGACACUUGAAACCUGAGCGGACAUACGUGGAGCGGCAUGGAAAAGGCGCUACUGUACAGGGUAUUCGUUCUGGAGCACAGGUGAGAAACGCCUUGGAUAUUUCCGUAGGAUGCGUCGGCCUAGAUCACUGAUUUUGAGUUGGCCAAAACGAGGAUUGGAGGUGAUGGGCGCUGCUCCAACACGUUGAGGUUCACUAGGCUGGGGUUUGGUAGAUGUGAUAGGUCUAUUGCGCACAGUACGUGGAAUGAUGCAUGUGGACAAGGAGUCAAGGACACGGCUUGCGGCUCUCUAGGCGAGUGGAUUGAACGUGCAGCAUCC